AUGCCUCCUGCGAAGCGUACCACCGCCCCACAAGCCAGGCGCUCGAAACGGCUACGAACAGACCUCUCUGAGGCCGGACCUUCAUCGGUUGUGGCGAAUCCUCCGAUGCCUCCGCAGCAAACUGGACAAGGAGGGGAAAUACAAGGAGGACAAGGAGCGAUGCAGCUGGACGUGCGGGCUCUUACAAGUACCAUUUCCGUGGCCGUCGCACAGGCCGUAAAGGAUGCAAUGGCUGCGCAUCAAGCCACCGUCUCCAGUACGGUAAUGCCAACUCCAACGCCGUCAGCUGCAGUAGAGCAGGUUGUACAAAAUGAAUUCCUCUCAUAUACAACAGGUACAAUUGAACAGGCACCCCUACCACCAUUGCUUGGGGUUGGCGAUCAGCCUAGCCACCCCUUCUCUAGCAUAGCUGUUAAUCUAGGUUCUCGUGUGAGCGCUAAAAUCAAGCGAAAAUCUGGGCAAAUGAAUAUAUUGACUUUGGAGCACUGCUCUCUGUCGCGCCCCCUCGAGAAACGUUUGCUCUUUCCAUGGUUUCCAGUGGGGGUGCUGUAAAUCAGCCACAGUUAACUCUCGAGCCUUAUCAUACACCGAAAAAGGUCACUUAUAUCAGCCAGUGGCUUACCGCUUUUAACCCCCUUUUGUAUCCAUUUAUUCCGUAAAAUGAUCCCAGGAUGCCCUUAAGCUAAUGAAAUAUUGCGAAGUGGUGCGUGACCUUGCUAAUAAGUCUGGGGACUGGAUUUUCUAUGAUGAGCAGUUUCGUUAUUUGCGACAAUCGUCCGCUGAACUUUACCCGUGGGAUCAAAUUCAUUGGGAGCUAUGGCUACGUGCCAUGACUAAUUUUCGGGCCAAAUCACAAUCUUUCACCGGUAGUGAUAGAACAACCCCGCGGGGGUGA